UCUGCUCCCCAUUCACUGGGCUGUUCCAGCCUGGGGCUGCCAGGGAGGCUGAGGGUUUGUUGGGCCCGCCUGGCCGAGCCAAGCUAGAGAAAUGAUCCCCGCCUCGCAGCGUGUCGCUUGAGAAGGAGCCGCCCUGGCCGGGUGGCAGGCCAACCGCGGCGCGGGACGCGGGCCAGAAGGGGCGUAUCGUCGUCCCGUGCUGCUGCUGAAUGUCGACUCCAGACGAUGCGGAGAGGCUCUCGCCGCUCGUCCAGAGAUGGCCCCGCGCGAGCAAGUUCCUCCUGUCGGGCUGCGCGGCCACCGUGGCCGAGCUAGCAACCUUUCCCCUCGACCUCACAAAAACUCGACUUCAAAUACAAGGAGAAGCUGCCCUUGCUCGGUUGGGAGAUGGUGCAACAGAGUCUGCUCCCUAUAGGGGCAUGGUACGCACGGCCCUAGGGAUUGUCCAGGAGGAAGGCUUUCUAAAGCUCUGGCAAGGAGUGACACCCGCCAUUUACAGACACAUAGUGUAUUCUGGAGGUCGAAUGGUCACUUACGAACAUCUCCGUGAAGUUGUGUUUGGCAAAAGUGAAGAUAAGCAUUAUCCCCUUUGGAAAUCAGUGAUUGGAGGGAUGAUGGCUGGUGUUGUUGGCCAGUUUUUAGCCAACCCAACUGACCUAGUGAAGGUUCAGAUGCAAAUGGAAGGAAAAAGGAAACUUGAAGGAAAACCACUGCGAUUUCGUGGUGUGCAUCAUGCCUUUGCAAAAAUCUUAGCUGAAGGAGGAAUACGUGGGCUUUGGGCAGGCUGGGUACCCAAUAUACAAAGAGCAGCGCUGGUGAAUAUGGGAGAUUUAACUACUUACGACACAGUAAAACACUACUUGGUAUUGAAUACACCACUUGAGGACAAUAUCACGACUCAUGGCUUAUCAAGUUUAUGUUCUGGACUGGUAGCUUCUAUUCUGGGAACACCUGCUGAUGUCAUCAAAAGCCGAAUAAUGAAUCAGCCACGAGAUAAACAAGGAAGGGGCCUUCUGUAUAAAUCAUCUACUGACUGCUUGAUUCAGGCUGUUCAAGGAGAAGGAUUCCUGAGUCUCUAUAAAGGGUUUUUACCAUCUUGGCUUCGAAUGACCCCUUGGUCACUGGUGUUCUGGCUUACUUAUGAAAAAAUCAGAGAGAUGAGUGGAGUCAGUCCAUUUUAAGCCCUUAAAGAUACAGUGUUCAGUAUCACUGAAAUGCGGGCAUCUGCAACACACACCCCCUAUUAUUUCUACCUCUUUAGGAAGACACCUUACUCCACAGAGACUGUGAUUUAUAGGGGGCAGCACUUUAUUUUUACCUGGAAACCCAAGUUCUCUUUGACUCCUCUUUUUGUUCACAAGCAAUCUGAUUGGAUCACACAAGACCACCCAAUGAGACCCCCGCACAACGUUCUCUAAGGAAGGAUCAAAUCCUGACCACUUAACUUGAGAGAGAAGAUUCAAGCUUCGAGACACUAUUCUAUGCUGUAGAGCCUGCUUAGAGGAGAAAGUGCCAGAAGGGAGACAGCAUCUCAGACCUGAAGCGGACAGUAGGGAUGUGGAAAAAUACAUCCGUACAUAGGGACCAAGGAAUAUACUUAACGUGUUGUGUCAGUAUUUACUAACUGAAAUCUGAUAAUUCACUUUUCUGUUGUCAUUAAAGCAUAUACUAUAAACUAAAGGGAAGUGAAUGAAAAAACAUUUUGAGUUUCCCUAGUGUUGAAGGAGGUUGAUGUACCUUUUCUUGCCAGGAGAGUGAAAAAAAAAAACAGUUUGGAUCUCAAGGGAAGAAGCCUCAUUCUCUCAGUGCCCUGUGAUCUGUGUCCAUUGGUUAGGUCUCUGUCACACAGGCUAAGGGCUUCCUGACAGCCACAGACCACAUCUUAAUGAAAACAGAAAAGAAUGUCUGCUUUGUGACAUAUCCCAUUCCAGCCUGAAGUUGUCACUGGCCCUCAAGAAUCUCAAUAUAUGAAAAAUGGGGCUUAUUUGAUGAAGGCUCAGGUGGACAGGUCCUUUUAAUAAAGAAACAUCUGGUAUCAUCAGUCUCAGGGGCAUUUAAAAGCAAAGGUAACAUGAAGUCAGCCGACAUACAGCCUCUCUUAAUCCCCCCUUCCCUAACACUAAGAGCCUGAGAGAGGAGGAGGGAGAACUCAGAAAUCACACGAAAGCUGUCUCUAGCCUGAAUCUUAUUCAGUCUGAUAAAGCUUCCUGCCUAAAAAGUGAUAAGGAUAAACUGCCUGUGGUACACAAUUAUGUCUCUAGUCAUUGAAUCAUAUCCCUUUUCUUAGAAAGAUGAGAGAUUUCUUCACAUUCACCUCUAUACCACCUGUUCCCCCAGCCUCAGACACUGGGCAUUUCUGGAUGGAUAGCUACAGUUACGGGAAAAGGCUGUAAUUGUCAAAAGAGGAAAACUCCAAAAGCUGAGACCCAAGAGAGACAUUGGGGCUGACCAAACAGGAUUUAUCCUGGGCAUAGAUGAUGUUGAAUGGGAAAAGUGCUCUGUGGUUGCCCUAAUGUAUAAUCACUGCCAUUUAAGAGGGAAACUAUACUUUAAAAUAUAUUUUAAUGUGAUGUACUAAUAUGUAGUGGCUUAUUUUUUUAAUAGAAUUUACAGAACAUGGGAGUUUAAUCUCUUAAAAUCUUUAGGCGGUCUUCUUUUCCAUUGUAUUUGUCAACCUGUAUGAACUGAGUUGUUAAAUAUACUUAAAAUAAUAAUAUGUACUUUAAGUUCUCAAAUUGUCUGUAUUGGAACCACUUUAGGAAACUUUGUGUGUAUUUUAUAAUUAUGUAAAUCAAGUAAAUAUUAGAUCAAAAUAAUUAUAUGUAAAUUGGACCAUGGAAAAAUUUAUUUAACUUUAUUCUUUGAGGGGCUCGAGGUGAAAACAUUGCUUACAUAGUGAGACUAUUCCUUGAUGUCUGGAUUGGAAUAAUUGGAUUUUUUUUUUAAACCUGAAAUGACUCCUUGGGAUGGUCUGGUUUAACUCUCUCAUUUUCUGUGUUGGGAGACUGAGGCCUGGAGAAGUAGAGUUGUUCAUGCUCAUAACUUAUUCAGUAGCAGAAUCAGGAUAAAAAUACAGAUCUUCUAAUUAUUGUUACCACUGACAGCUAUUAUACACUAAUUAGGUACUGAGUAAAUGUCUCAUGUCAUUUCUGCAACAUCCCAGUCCAGGACUAUUGAAUCUUCCAAGAACAGGUUUUUCUUUAUGGCAUUUUUUUUUUUUUUUUGUCAUAGACAUUUUAAAUGAAUUUGAAUUGUCUUUGGCAUACAUUCUAGAAUGGUCUAAAACUUGAGUCUAAAACACUUUAGCUAAAAUAUGAAGAGCCCCGAGAAUCUGCCCAAAUCCUGUAGAUAACACAUAUAUCCUAUCACAGUCAUACUUUUCCAGUGAAAUCAUUUUCAUUAAUGUAUCUUGGAACUUUUCUUAUUUUACCAACUUGAAAUCAUCUUGUUCCUCUCCAGAAUAACCCACAGUAAAAAGAAAUAACUUCAGUAAUUUUGUGUCCACACUGAAAGACUUAACAUGUCAGUCUCACUUUCUUAAAACUGUACUUGGUAUUUAUCUUCAGCUCAGUAUCAAUAAUACUUAACCUCUAAGUUUCCUUUGCUAAGCUUCCACUUUUUUCCCUUCCCAAAUGAUUUUUUUCUCACUGAAAAAUACACAUGUUCUUAUUUUUAAUUAUAUACAGUCAUUUGUUCUUUAUGUGUAUAAGUGAAUUAGCAUAUAUCUAAAUAAAGAACAUUUCUUAAAUUUGCUUUCAGUGAGGAAUAAUGUAUCUUCAUCAAGUGCUCCAAAUCCUAUUUUAAUUAUAAGCCACUAAUGGUAGGGCUAGUAGCAUUUAUUUGCCAUUAGGUACUCAACAAAAUUUACAUAUGGUAUGAAUCAAUCAAUUUUGUCUUCAUUAUUUGAAGAUCUGUGACUAUCAAAAGACUAGUCUGAAAUUUCUUUCAUUUUGCCAAGAAAAAAGGAAGGAAACAAAUUCAAGAAAGUUUUAAAUGAGAAAUUGAUUUUCUGUCAUCUUUAAAUUUUUAAGCAUAACCACUGAUGUACAACUGAAAUAGUUAUACAUAUCUUUUUCUUUUUAAUGAAAACAGAUUCCCUCAGGACCUCCAUUGGGAAAAUCUUUCAUUUAAUACUUGGUGGCUACUUGAGGGUGAAAAUAUUUGAUGCUCUUCUCCCCAGUUAAACCAGAACUCUUUUAAAAAUGAUUCCCAAAAAAUACAUAUAUUAUUGAAUGCCAGGAAAUGUGGAGGAAAGGCUGAACUUGGAUUCUCAAGACCUUUAUCCUGUUGGGUUGGUCAAAAAAGUUCAUUUGGGUUUCUCCAUAAGGUGGUGUGGAAAAGCCCAAAUGAACUUUUUGGCCAACCCAAUAUUUUGGGUUCUACUUCUGACAAAGUAGUAUAAUCAAGUCCCUUCAUUUCUUUUGAUGGUCCAUUUCUUUUUAAGAUGAAGUGGUUGAACUCUAGAAUCUUGCACAUAUACUUGAAGAGGGUCAUUAUAUUAAUGUCAUGUUAAAAAAAGAAAAACUUAAGAUUUUAAAAAAUUAUCAGAGUUUUCUUUUUCCUGGAUUUAUUUAAUUUCUCAUGUUUUAAGACGAGGAAAGUUUUAUUCAGGACUUACAGCAGAAUAUAAGCUUUUUAUGUGGCUGGAAAUCCUUCCUUCACCUAGCAGGAGACACAUCUUCCUUCAGGCAACAGUGGGCAUGUCAUCCCACCUUCUUACCUUCAAUUACUCCUUCACACACACACACAAGAAAACUUAAAAUCUUUCAUAAUGUAUCCAAGCCCCUCUCAACCUGGCUUCAACCCAUUUUUCUAAUGUUUUCAUUUCACUGCACACCCACACUCUACCUCCUCGCAAAUGCAUCGCCCCGGAAGAUGUUCUUCAUUUGGCGGCUUCCUAGGCAGUGUUCAUUUUGUGCUCUUUGCCUAACAUUCUUCCCCAUCACUAUCACGCAUUCGUCUUCACUUUCACUGGUGAAGUCCUACUUUAACAUCUAGAAUGAUCUCUGAAGACUUGAAGACCUUCAACACCUCUGUUCCCAUGGCUUCCCCUCCUGCGGAUGUCUGUCUGUCUGCAUGGACACGAGUCUGCUUCCCCUAGAUGAGUGAACUCUUGCAAGCAAGGACCAUCUCUGUUUCUCUUUAAAACUUCAAAUAGAAGUCAAUUAGAAGAAAUCUGUUGAAUUCACAGAUUGGGUGGGGGUGGGUGGAGAGAAAAAAACAUGUACACGUGUAGGUCAUAUGCUGUAUUCUUCCUACCUUAAGAAUGAUUAUAUCAGGUCAGUAACACUCGAUUUCAUGUGAUUCCUUACCAUAUGCAGUGCUUAACUGCAUUUUCAAAAGAUCGUGUGUCUUUAAACAGGUAAUUUUAAAGAAGUCGUCAUCAGUUUAAUAGCUAUCCUACAAAAAUCUAGAACUUGAUAGUUUUAAAUAAUACAAAAUAUUUGGUUGGAUGACGAGCAAUUAAUAAAUAUGUGAUAUGUUUAUAUUAUUCUUCCUUUUAGAGUGUAUGUGAAAAUUCUGUCACUGUUUGUAUGUACAUUUUACCCAUUCAAGUGUUUUAUUAUUUCUGAAUUCUGAGGAGUAUGUGAUUAUUUUUCUCUCCCCAUACUUUACCCCAGCGGGCUGCUGUGAUUGUCAACAGCAGCAGGAUCCACUUUGAAGGUUUGAUAAAAGCAGAUGAAGAGGCUUAAAGAUGUCUGUUUGCUGAAAAUAUCUGGUAACAAACAGGAAUAUAUGUGAGUAAAUAUAGCUCAUCAUUCUGAUUUUUAAAAUGAAUGCUUUAAAAUGCCUAAUGGGUUGUCAAGGGCUUUGUUUUGU